GAUAAAUGUAGUUUGUUUUUAUCGAGAAAAACAAUAUAAAAUACAUGAAAAUCUCUAUAAAAUGGACGAUGAACAUGAGUAUUUUAAGUUACCUUAUAUGAUCCAUAAGUAUUCAAGUUACAGUGGCAACUACAAACCCGAAAAUAUAUUAGUAAAAAGACCUACAGAUCAGCUCUCAAGAUGGUUCACAGACUCCACUACGCCUUCUCAGUUCAUAAUGCUCAAACUACAAACAACAUCAAUAGUAGAAAUCAUUAGAUUUGGAAAGUACAUGAAAUCGCAUGUGAGCGACCUCAAGAAAUUUCAAGUGUAUGGAGGUUUAGAGGAAGAUAAUUUGUCAUUACUGUUGACUGCAGGUUUGAAAAAAGACAAUUUAUCAGAGACAUUCACACUAAGAUGCCAAACAUCAGAGGGUCUCACAAUGCCAGUCAAUUUUAUCAAGAUUGUGCCCCUUCAAUCAUGGGGUCCCGCAUACAACUACACCAUAUGGUACGUGGAGCUACUUGGAAAAAACCAAGAAGACAUUAUAAAUUCAGCUAUACAUAUCAUAAAUUUGAGAAAAGAGGAAGAGGCUGUUCGGAUAUUACUCAAGCAUCUGCGACGGCGACGCUACAAGGAGGCGUUUGAGGCGCUAUCACGCGAGAGCGGCGUGCAACUGGAGGGCCCCGUGCAGUCCAGACUGUGGAAUGCGCUCGUCGAGAUGGGGGAUUACAAAAUGGCGGAGCAGAUAUUCGAAGAAGCGGCUAAUGGAGGCGAGCUAGACUGGUACAUGUCGUGGCAGCCGUACACACCGUCAUGGCGCGUGCUUUGCCCGUGCUCCGAUGCUGUGGAGGAGCGGCUAGCUCGCCCGCCGUCACCCCAACUGCCCGCCGCGUCAGACACCGAUACAGAUGAGCCUGUGCUGAACGGCGGGGAAUCGCGGCUGGGAGCGGGCGCGGAGGAGGACUGGGCGGAGAGCGGCGCGCGCCCCGGACCGCGCGGCGGACACCAACUCGUUGUGGACCCUAAGACAGGUACGCUUUACCUAUUCGGCGGUUGGAACGGCGUACGCGACCUGGACGACCUCUGGAGUUUCGACACGGAGACGGAGCGAUGGACGUUGCUCUGUCGCAACAGCCGGCUAGAAGGAGGUCCACAGCCGCGCAGCUGUCACAAGAUGGUGUUCGAUCCUGUACAUGGGAAACUGUUCACGUUGGGCCGGUAUCUCGACAGUGGCCAGAGAACUCCGGAGAACAUGAUGAGUGACCUAUAUUCGUACGACGUUGCCACACGUCGGUGGCGGUUGGAGUGCGCGGACACGGCGGCGGCGGGCGGCCCCCCUCUCGUGUUCGACCACCAGAUGUGUAUAGACGCCGACGCACAGACCAUAUACGUGUUCGGCGGACGAGUGCUACCCAAGUCCAACGAGGACCCCCACCGGCUGCAGUACUCGGGCCUGUACGCGUACCACAUCGGCGCGGGGGCGUGGCGGCUGCUGGCGGACGAGCACGCGCACGCACACGCGCCGCAGCCGCGCGUCUCGCACUCCAUGCUGUUCCACCCGACAGAACGUCGUCUAUACAUAUUCGCCGGGCAGCGCAACCGCGAGCAGCUGGUUGACAUGUGGUGGUGGGAGCCAGGCGGCGCGGCGCGCAUGCUGUGCCGCGCCCGCUCGCGAGCCCCGCCCCCGCCCGGGUUCACGCAACGCGCCACGAUAGAUCCCGACGUUGGAGAGAUAUAUGUGCUAUCGGGUAUGAGCGCGUCGCACGACAAGGGCGGGGCGAGCGGCGUACAGAACAGCCUGUGGGUGUACUCGCUGCGGCGGCGCGCGUGGGCGUGCGCGUACUCCAACCGCACCGUGAGCGCCGCGCACCCGCGACCGAGGUUCGCGCACCAGCUCGUCUACGACCCCGUGAGGAAGAUCCACUACCUGUUCGGCGGUAACCCGGGCAGCUGCGCCGGCAGCAAGGUCCGGUUGGACGACCUGUGGGCGCUGCGACUGUCGCGGCCGGCGGCGACCGAGGUUAUCGCGGUCGCGAGUCGCGCGAUACGCGAGGCGGCGCUGCGCGAGAUGGCGGCGGAUCCGGCCCGCGCGCCCGCCGCGUUACAUUACCUGAGGAACGACGUGCGAGCGGUCACCGAUAUUGAUGAUCCCGACCAGAGAGCGUCGUUCGAAGCUCUAGCGACGCUAGUAGUAUGCGGGCCUGGGGGCGGGGUGGCGGCGCGCGCGCUGUGUCCGCGCCGCGCCCGCACGCUGCGCCGCGCACGCCACGACGCCGCGCCCGCGUCGCACCUGGCUAGACAUCUUGCACAGGUUUUAGGCGCCGAGGACAGCUUCCUGGAACCGACUCAGCCGUUCGAGGAGCCGUGCACCCCGCCCCCCGAGGAGGCGGGGUCGGACGGGGACGACGCCCCCGAGUGGGAGGCGCGCGCCGCCCGCAUCCGCCUCUACGAGCGCCUGUGCCGGUACUUCCGACCGUCGCGAGUGCCGCCGCAAGCUGACGUCAUGGAUAUGGUGAAGCUGUAAAUAUCACCAGUGUUUUUAGUUACUCUGAAAAAUAGUUUUAAGGACCCCGCAGACUUACAAUUUCAAGUUGACCGACUAAAUCGUAUAGUAUGACUGUCAGCUAUGGCGGCU